AAACUCUUCAGAUAUUAAAGUCUUUUCUGAUUUUUGAUCGUGAUUAUUGGUUCAUGUUUAGGAUCUGAAUCUCCAGAGACGAGUCUGAGGGAGAAGUCCUUUAAAGGAUGAAUUAUUGAACAGCUGGAAAUGUUUGGCAUUGAACCAAUCAAGCCUCCUUGAAGCUGUCCUGAUAAAGUAUCAAAUAUUUCACAAAGUCCAGAAGAAGCUGAUGGAGAACAUCUGAAAAAUGCAGAAGUUAAAUGUAUUUCAAUAACAGGAACAUUUCCAUCAAUGAUUUAACGUUAAUUUAGCACAAAUAUAUCAAUAGUAUUUUCUGUAAAAAUGAAACUGAAUAUUUUCCAGAGGAAUAUAUUCAAACACAAACCAUGAGAAAUGUCUUCAGUGACUCUGAGUUUGAACCAAAGGCAGACAUCAUGAAGGCUUCAUCAGAAACCUCUUCAUCUCCGCCUGCUCCUCCUGCUGCUGCUCCUCCUGCUCCUCUGUCUCUGAGGAGUCCUGCGCUGCAGGCUGAGUUUCUUCAGAAGUGUCGGAACAAAUCUGGUUCUCAGGAUGGCCACGGUGACGCCCCAUCUUCCUCCUCUUCCUCCAAGUCUCCUCUGAGCAAUGUCCAGAGACAAGACAUCAUGAAGGCUUCAUCACCUCCAUCAGAAACCUCCUCAUCACCUCCUCCUGCUGCUCCUCGUCCUCCUCUGUGUCUGAGGAGUCCAGCGCUGCAGGCUGAGUUUCUUCAGAAGCGCCAGAACAAGUUACGCUCUCAAAGUGACGUCGGUGAAUCCAGCGUCGUCUCCCCUUCUUCCUCCCCCCAGCCCUCCCCCUCUUCCUCCUCUUCUUCACUGAGCCACAUCAAAAGACAAGCCCGUCUGUCCCUCUCCAGCACCGAGCUUCUGACGGAGCUCAGAGAGACGAAAACUCGAAGCCUGAGACGAGUCCACCAUCAGACCGGACUGACCACCGUCUUCUGUGGGCGGGGGGGAAGAGGAGGAGGAGGAAGAGGAGGACAGGUCUCUGGCUCCGCCCGCUCCAAACAAUCAGCCAAUCAGAAGGCUUCCCGCUGAGUUCAAGCAGAAUGAUUGGUUCGUCCAAAUCCAGAAAGAAAGAAUCAUUGGAAUGAGAAGAAAUAAGAGGAAAUCUGAGAUUAACCGACAGAUGAUUAACCUUCUGUGUGUGAAAGUAAUCAUCUAUUAUUUUUGUAUCAAUAUUUUGCCAAUAAAACAUAUUAUUUAAAGAGCCUUAAA